AUGUUUAUAAACCAUAUUGCAGAGAUAGCUUCAAACCCUGAAAUGUUGAUGUUUGGUGAUGAAGCUGCAAAAGAUGAAAGGACAUUGAUUUAUAGAUUCGGACAUUCAAAAAUAGGAACAAGGUGUAUUCAGAGAAAGUGUUGGAUACAAGGCAAACAGUACUCAAUCUUGCCCAUCCUCACACUGGAUGGCAUCAUUGUCUAUGAUAUUAUCGAAGAGUCUAUAAUGAGUGAGAGAUUUGUGCAGUUCUUACAAAAACAUGUGUUGCCAUUGACCAACCCCUACCCUGGCCCU